AUGCCCACCCCGCCCGGCCAUCGCGGCAACCUGACUCCCGAUCAAGAGACUAAACUACGCGAACUCUGGGUUCUGACACUCAAAACUUUUGGUGUUUCCAAUCCCGCGAAUACCAAUGGCACAUCAACACCAACCACCACCGAGGAGGCCGCAGCUGAUCCAGCGGCCACAGAGAAGAAGAAAAAGUCUCGCAUGUCGAUAUUCUCGUCCAGGAAACAUGAUGAUUCUUCGUCCCCGAGCCACCCUCCCAAGCACCCUGACGACUCAGACGACAAGUACGGCCAGGUGAAAGAAUACCAGAAUAUCCUCGCGACUCAAUCCCCGGAAUCUCUGCGCACUGCGUUCUGGAGCAUGGUCAAGGCUGAUCAUCCCGAUGCGCUACUAUUGCGCUUUUUACGGGCGCGAAAAUGGGAUGUUCACAAGGCACUUGUCAUGAUGAUCAGCACAAUGUCAUGGAGAGGCAACGAGAUGCAUGUUGAUGAUGACGUCGUCUAUCAGGGAGAAGUGGGGGCCCUGAAAGACAGCAAGAGCACCGAUGCAAAUGUGAAGCGAGAAGGACAGGAUUUCCUGGAACAGAUGCGCCUCGGGAAGAGUUUCCUGCACGGAACUGACAAAGAAGGACGCCCGCUAUGUUUCGUCCGCGCAAGAUUGCACCAUGGUGGCGAUCAGAGUGAGCGGAGUAUGGAGCGAUAUACGGUCUACGUUAUUGAGACUGCACGGCUAGUGCUACGGGCGCCGGUGGAAACAGCUACUAUCCUUUUUGACAUGACUGGUUUCACAAUGGCGAACAUGGACUACACUCCUGUCAAGUUCAUGAUCAAAAUCUUUGAAGCCAACUAUCCCGAAUCUCUCGGCGCUGUACUUGUACAUAAGGCGCCCUGGCUGUUCCAGGGUAUCUGGAAGAUCAUCAAAGGUUGGCUUGACCCCGUGGUUGCGGCAAAAGUACACUUUACAAGCUCGGUGGAGGAUCUAGAGCAAUUUAUCCCGAAAUCACAGAUCAUCAAGGAACUUGGUGGCGACGAGAAUUGGGAGUACGUGUUUGUUGAGCCAAAGGAGGGAGAGGACGACUUGCUCAAAGAUGACGAGAAACUGAAGCAAUUCCAAGACGAGCGGAAGGGCAUGGUCGAUGAAUAUGAGAGCAAAACCUUCGAGUGGAUCAACACCGCCGACGCGAGCCACAAGCAGAGGAGAGACGAGCUCGCGACGAAGCUGAACGACAACUACUGGAAACUCGACCCAUACAUCCGCGCGCGGACACUUUACGAUCGCGUGGGCAUGAUUGAGCCUGGGGGAAAGAUCAACUUUUACCCUAAUCACGAGAAGGCCAAGAAGGAGAUAGAGGGAACGGCUGCGGCGAACACGAAUGCCGAAGAUGUGGAUUAG